AUGGAGUUCAUCAUGAAGAUCGUCGUCACCAUAGCCAUAACCGUGGCGGUAACCAUCUCCGUCACCAUGAUGAGCGUCGGUCAAGUCGAUAACGAUCAGAUUCAUCAGAGGAGCAGCAACAUGCAAAAUGAAAUGAAGAAGCUUUCAGCAAUGGCGGAUGCGGUGCCCAAGAGGGUGAGUAGAUUUCUGAAGGAGACGAAGAAGCCGAGAAACCCUAAUGCUGCAGACCAUUGCCAUAAGGACCCUCAGGUCUGCCACGUUCAAAGCGGCGGCGUCGGAAACUCCACGUGCUGUAAUAACAAGUGCUUGGAUCUGUCGAUUGAUAAACACAAUUGCGGAGCGUGCAAGAACAAGUGCAAAUUCAUGGAGGAGUGUUGCAGAGGACAGUGCGUCAACUUGUCUUUUGAUAAGAGGCAUUGUGGGUUCUGCAACCACCGGUGCAAAGAUGGUGAAUAUUGUGUGUAUGGGAUGUGUAAUUACGCUUAA